UCUAAUUUCUUUAUCUCAAUCUCAGAUACAACUUUUUAAUUUUAAGUUUCCGCGAUCUGAUUUUCUCCUCUUUUCUUUUUUUCUAUAUAUACAUAGCUUAGCUAGGUCAAAAGUUACCAAUUAAUAUCGUAUCGUUCGAUCGAUCAUGUGUAGCAGAGGGCAUUGGAGGCCUCAUGAAGAUGAAAAAUUGAGAGAGUUAGUUGCUAAAUAUGGACCUCAUAAUUGGAACGCUAUUGCUCUAAACUUGCAAGGAAGAUCAGGUAAAAGUUGUAGGUUGAGAUGGUACAAUCAAUUGGAUCCAAGAAUAAACAGAAGUCCAUUCACAGAAGAGGAAGAAGAAAGACUUCUUUCAUCACAUAGAAUUCAUGGGAAUAGAUGGGCAAUGAUAGCUAGGUUAUUUCCUGGACGUACUGAUAAUGCUGUCAAAAAUCAUUGGCAUGUUAUUAUGUCAAGAAAAUGUAGAGAAAGAUCUAAGAUUUAUUCCAAUAGAGCUGCCCAAAAACAAGAUCACAAUAAUAAUAUGAGAAAAAAUUAUAUUGAUCAUCAACAAUUAUUAGAAACAUACCAAUUCACUACUACUUAUAAUUCCUUUUAUCCAAAAGAGCUUCAUUUCAACCACAUGAUUAAUCCUCGGCGAUUCAACAUCGAUCAAGGUGUGGAAAUUGCAGAUAAGAAUGAAGAAGUGGAGUGUUAUGAUUUUCUACAAGUGAAUAAUAAUAAUAAUAAUACUGCAGGCUCAAAUAAAAGUGAAGUGAUAGAUCAUAUUGCAAUUAGAAGGGGCACUGAUGAAGAAGUGGAACAAGAAAAUGGCUGUGAUAAUAAUAAUAAUAUUUCUUCACAAACCAAAAAGGCUCCAGUUAGAUUUAUAGAUUUUCUAUCAGUUGGAGACUCAUCUUAAUUUUCUUCAUUUUUAUAUUUUUAAAAAAUCUAUGAGACAAAAACUUCUCACUGAAAAAAUUCAGUGAAGACAAUAUAUACAUAUAUUUAUAAUAUGUUGCACAAUUUAGGACCUCUUAUGACUAGAAAAUCCUGUAAAAUUAUGAAGCUUUUUGCAUGCAUAAGGGACGUGUAUGGCGUGGAUAUAUUGUUAUAAUUAUUACUAGUUGACUUUGGAAAAAAAAAUUAAAAAUGAGAUGGAAAAGAGUUAAAUAUA